AUUAACAACUAAUAAUAAUAAAUUUAAAUUAUCUACAAUAAAAUAAAAAUAUUCAUUGUAUUGCGCCACACUGUAUAAAUUUAGUUUAAUAAAACAACUAACUGCUUGGAAAAACCAAUAAAACAAUAUUUACCACAGCCAUUGAAUAAACAAGAAAUCUACCAAAAUGCGACACUAUAUUUAUAAAGAAAGCGAAAUUGUUGAAGUUUUAUGGAAACAAGAUGUCGAUUUGGGCUAUAGUCUUACACCCGCCCAAUUGGCUGAUGCUGGUACUUCAGCUAAAGCUUUGCAAUCAUCUAACGCUAAUGACGACGAUAUCGAAAAGUUGAAAGCUUUAGAAGCACUCAAAUUAGAUAAUUCAAAGUAUGAUCCAAAAGAUAUUGAUGACAAUGAUGAUGAUAAUCAUUUGGGAGAUGAAUGGGCUGGCAUACCCUUUACUAUUGAUAAUGAAACUGGUAAGUUUUUCGUAAAAUUUUAUUUAUAUUUUAUAAAUAUAUAAUAAUAAUUUUUAUUUUAACUAUAAAAACAAAAGGACAAUUAUUUCGAAAAUUAGAAAUAUUAAGUAUUGAUAACCUAAAAAUUUUCUGUAGACCGAUUACUUAAAGAUCGUACUUGCUUAAAUCAAGUAUGGAUUCGGGUUUAAAUUUAGAAAACAUUUCUUAAAACAAGUACUUGUCGUGAUCACUUUGUUCCCUAAAAGGUUUAAAUCAUGCUAAAAUCAAGUCUAUCAUACUUGGCUGAUCCGAAGUUGAUUCAAGUAUUUUAUACUUGAUUCUAGUAAAAUCGCACUUAUCGUACUAUUGAAAACUAUCCUGGAUU